AUGACGAAGAGGCCAGGGAAGAAGAAGCGGAAGCUUGGAGUGUGGGACAUCAGCCGCACUCACUUCAUAGGGCGCGCCGAGAGGGAGAUCUACAUUCAGUUGCCGGAGGAGGACCGGACGCGGGAGAAGGAUGCCGGGGUGCCCAUGUGCGGGCGUCUUCUGAGGUCUAUGUAUGGGACUCAGGACGCCAGCCACAUCUUCCAGAAGGACUACUCGAUGGCUGUCAAGGACCUAUAUUGGCUGGUGCAUGGUGGUGAUUUCAUGGCGACGGCGGCGGAUGCGGAGCUGGUUGAGCUGGACAAGAUCCUCAACACCUGCUACACGGUCCCGAAUGGAACGGAAUGGAAGCUGGAGGUGGAGGCCGAUGCACGGCAUGCGGAGAUUCUGCUGAAGGCGUUCGGGUUCAACGGCAAGACGAAGGGCGUGGACAUGCCCCAGGAGAAGCAGGUCGCGAAGGACAUGGUCAUUGUGGACCAGCCGGCGGAAUUGAAUGCGGAGCAGAUGGGCGAGUACAGGUCGCUAGUGAUGAGGAUGGCCUACCUGAGCCAGGACAGGCCUGACUUGGAGCACGUGGUGAGAAGGUUCCUCUGGCUCCAGAUGAGGGUGGUGGAGAGGAACCUCAUCGUCGACAAGGUGAAGGGCACGAUCAACGACGCGGACUUGGUGACGAAUGUCCAACCCGAGACUGCAAUUCGCAGUCAUCUUGGGCGCCUCGGCUACGAAGCAGCUGAGCGCCGGGGCCACAAAGGCCUGACGUUUUGA